UGUUAAACAGGAAGUAAGAUGACUUCUCCAAAUUCUCUCUUCUUGUUGUCUUCCCCCUUCCCUGUAUUCACAGCUCCUCCCAGGAUCCUGCCCUCUUCAGGCUGCAGCAGAAUUGCAGCCUGGGUGCGAUGUUCCUGCUACAGCGUGGGCAGACCAUCACCGUCUCUGGAGUGGCGGUUGGAUGGGAAACUGGUGUUGGGUUCUGAAGACGUGUCUGUUAGCCAGGUCAACCUGGAGAACGCCACGUUGACGAGCUCCCUCAUAAUGAGGGCCCCUGCUGGUCUGACAGCCUUGACCUGCCACAGCUCCAACGCUGCCGGGAACACCAGCCAGGAGCUUCCUGUCCCCCACCUGGAUACACAGCCAAACCUGACAGACUUGGUGCUGUGCAUUGUCAAAUCUGCUGUGAUGCUCGUGGGCUUAGUGUGCGUGGUCGUCUGUAUUAUAAGGUAAGUCCACUUGAACUCGUACACAUUCACUGUGUUUAGAAAUUCACAACUUUCUCUGUUGAAUUCAGAUAGAUGUCAUUUAGCAGCAGAUGCCUACAAGCAGACUGAGGACAUGGAGAACUGAACCCCAGGGGCGCAGUUGAGCGUUGACAGUGUAGAGUGUAAUGACGGUUGCCAACUACUCCCCAAG